AUGCAACGCUUCGAUUGUUGGGCAACUCACGCCCGUGCGCAUGUGAUGCUAAUGGAGGGACGUAUUGAUGAAGGAAUUCAAUUCAUGGAGAGCACUGUUGAUGACUGGAGACCAGGAUGGAUUAUCGCUACUCAUAACUACUGGCACAAUGCCCUUUACUACAUCGAACAAGGCAACUAUGAAGCACCGCUAGCUAUUUUUGAUGAUGAAGUAUGUCGUCGUGCAAACAAAAGCAAUUCCGUACUGGAUUUGGCUGAUGCGGCAUCGAUGCUGUGGCGUUUGGAACUAGAGGGAGUCGAUGUUGGCAAUAGGUAA